UUGAAGAGACAAACAAAACCCAUCAAACGGCUAUUAAAAAUUUGAAUAGCGGUUGGGGGGAUGAGAUGGGGUCAACAUAAAAUGCAGUGUCUAUAAAAUAAAGAUCAAAUCUUUUUUCAAAAGCAUAGGCAUGCCCAGAUGAUCCCACCUAAAGACUCAUCCACUUGUCAUGAUAUGGUUGGUUCUCCAUACCACUUGGAGUAUAGAAAGUGAAAAUUCUCUAAGUCAAAAACACACUUUCAAUAACAUAACAUAACCAAACAAAACAACCAUAGUUGUAUUGUAUAGUAUUUGUUGUCUACCAUUCUCUGUCUAUUUACUCAAAACAUAUCAGAUCUAAAAUUACACAUCAAAACUCAUCACAUUCAAAUUCAAAGAGUUAAGAAAGAAGAAGGAGAAGAAGAAGAAGAAGAAGAAGAAGAAGAAGAAGAAGAAGAAGAAGAAGAAGAAGAAGAAGAAGAAGAAGAAGAAUUUACAAUAAUGCCCCAAGAGAGUAGUAACUCAAAUUCAUCACUUUUCACUUCACCAUGUAAAAAUUUGAGAGGGUUAAAAGGUCCAACUAUCUCUAACAAUGAGACCUCAUAUGCAUACACUGAAGAAAUCAUCAAUGAUUAUGAAUUGGCUCAAAGAAAAGCUGAAGAAGCAGCUUCAAGGAGGUACCAAGCAGCACAAUGGCUUCGUCAGAUGGACUAUGGCGCCUCGGAAACACUCUCUAAAGAGCCAUCCGAAGAAGAGUUCUGUCUCUCGCUUCGAAAUGGCCUCAUUCUCUGCAAUGUCCUCAACAAAGUCAACCCCGGUGCUGUUCUAAAGGUUGUGGAGAAUCCAAUAAUACCAAUACAAUCAGUUGAAGCAGCAGCACAAUCUGCAAUUCAAUACUUUGAAAACAUGAGAAACUUUCUUGAGGCUGUUAAGAACAUGAAGCUCUUGACUUUCGAAGCAUCUGAUUUAGAAAAGGGAGGAUCGUCGAGUAAAGUUGUGGAUUGCAUUCUAUGCCUCAAAGGGUAUUACGAAUGGAAACAAGCGGGUGGAAUUGGAGUGUGGAGGUAUGGAGGAACGGUGAGGAUCACAUCUUGUCCGAAAGAAUCUCCAUCCUCCUUGAUAGGAAGUGAGAGCACAGAUGAUUCAUUGGAUGAAUCCGAAUCCUCACAAUUCGAACAACUUCUAGAGUUCAUCCAUCUUUCCAACGAGGUUUCGGUUGAAGAAUCAAGAAUCGCCAAUGUUUUGACUUUCCUCUUUGAUCGUUUUGGACUUGGACUUCUACAAGCUUAUCUUCAAGAGAGUAAUGGAUUAGAAGAAUUGCCUUUUAAUGCAAUGGUUAUUGACACUUUUCUCAGUAAGGUAGUCAAGGAUUUCUCAACAUUACUUGUCUCCCAAGGAACUCAGCUUGGAUUGUUUUUGAAGAAAAUUUUGAAGGAUGAUUAUGGAAAUUGCUCUACAUCCGAAUUUUUGGAAACCAUUUCGCGAUAUCUUAGCCAAAGAACUAGUUUGGUUUCGAAUGAUUUGUCCACAUUUUGUAUCUGUGGCGGCAAGCGUGAGCUUGUUCAACACAUAGUUAGUCACUCGUCUGAUCACGACGAGGCGAUUAACAUGAGUCAAAAACAGCUUCAGGAGUUGAAAUCUUCUUUCAAAGAGACAAAAGUUGAAAUUCAUCAUAUACAUUCACAAUGGGAAGAUGACCUUAGAAGGCUUGUGUAUCAUGUUAAACACCUUGAAUUGGCCUCUAAUUCAUACCAAAAAGUACUUGAAGAAAAUCGUCAUCUAUACAAUCAAGUUCAAGACCUUAAAGGAACAAUUAGAGUGUAUUGUAGAGUGAGGCCUUUCUUACAUGGCCAAUCUAACUUACAAUCAACCGUUGAUUACAUUGGAGAAAAUGGAAACAUCAUGAUUGUCAAUCCCUUAAAGCAAGGCAAAGAUUCAAGAAGAAUAUUUACAUUUAACAAAGUCUUUGGAACUAAUGUCACACAAGAGCAAAUUUAUGGUGACACUCAACCACUAGUGAGGUCUGUGUUAGACGGCUACAAUGUCUGCAUUUUCGCUUAUGGACAGACCGGUUCGGGCAAGACUUACACAAUGAGCGGUCCUGAUUUAACAACGGAUAAAACAUGGGGAGUAAACUACCGAGCGCUACAAGACUUGUUUGAAAUCUCAAAGGAAAGGUUGCAAUUUGUAAGAUAUGAAGUUGCUGUUCAAAUGAUUGAAAUUUACAAUGAACAAGUUAGAGAUUUACUUGUCAUUGAUGGCUCCAACAGAAGAUUAGAUAUAAGAAACAACUCUCAAUUGAAUGGCCUCAAUGUACCCGAUGCUUGUUUAGUUCCGGUCACUUGUACACAAGAUGUUCUUGAUCUAAUGAGAAUCGGCCAAAGGAAUCGUGCAGUUGGUGCGACCGCUCUAAACGAGAGGAGCAGCCGUUCUCAUAGUAUUUUAACAGUUCAUGUCCAAGGAAAAGAGUUGGUUUCGGGAUCAAUUCUUAGGGGUUGCCUACAUCUUGUGGAUUUGGCUGGAAGUGAGAGAGUUGAUAAGUCUGAGGCAGUUGGUGAAAGACUAAAGGAAGCUCAAUACAUUAAUAGAUCACUUUCAGCACUUGGAGAUGUUAUUUCUGCCCUUGCACAAAAAAGUACACAUAUUCCUUAUAGAAAUAGCAAGCUUACUCAAGUUCUCCAAGACUCUCUAGGUGGGCAUGCCAAGACAUUGAUGUUUGUACAUAUAAAUCCUGAAGUUAAUGCUCUUGGGGAAACAAUUAGUACUCUUAAGUUUGCUGAGAGAGUUGCUUGUAUAGAACUCGGGGCAGCUAAAUCGAACAAAGAAACCGGCGAAAUCAAAGAAUUAAAAGAUGAGGUCUCAAACCUUAAACAAGCAUUAGAGAAAAAGGAAGCCGAGCUAGAACAAUACAAAAACGGGACUCUAAAACCCGCCAUGGAUUCUCAAAAAGCAAGAGCUGUUUCUCCUUUUCGCCUUCCAAGAUAUGGCCUCAACAAUAACACUAAUUUGAAAACCGAAAUCUCUCAAAGACCCUUUGAUGAGACUAAGAUCUCUGAGACUAGAAGCUGUUCUUCGGGUAAGCAAAGGCGAUCGAGGUUCCCUCUCGGGUUCACAGAAAAGGAGAGUUUAGUACCUAAGAUGUCAUACUUAGGUGAAGAAAUCAGAGUAACAAGCAAUGGGAAGCAAAGAUCAUCGCCUUCUCCUCCCGUUAGAAGAUCCAUUUCAACAGAUAGAGGAUCAGUUAUCAAAACCCGAGUUAAGCCAGACACAAUCGAAAACCAACCAAUUUCAAGAGUACCAUUUCCAGCUAGAGUGCCUAGUAACAAGUCUCUUGCAACUGAUAACAACUCAAGAGUACCGAUCAUCAACAAAUCGCUUAUGACACCAACACCAACACCAACAUAUCAAAGUUCACAACAAGAGUACAUUUCUGAAGCUUUGUACUCAUUUCAGAAGUUGAAUUUCAAGAAAGUACAACAAGAACACGAUGAUCACGAGCAAUACAAACAAGCUCUCAACAUUAGACAAGGCGGGAUUAGAAAAAGCAAGACUGAAGUUAAGGCUGCUAAGACAAAACAAUUCAUCCCAACAAGAUUUCAUAGGCCUGAGGCUAUGACAACAUUGUUUUCUGACUUAGAAAUCAGUAGUGGUGGCGAUAAGACAGAGGACGAAACUCGCAAGAGUGACUUCUCUGAGCCAGAAAAUGAGCUUGUUUAUGGUGGUUCACCUCUUCAUAGUGUUUUGGACAUGAAAAAACCUCGAAAAAACCUCUCAAGACACUUACAAAACCAUGAACCAAGAGGAGGGCUUGUGCCUGUGGUCGAAAACAAGUUACCAUAUGGGGCGACUCGUAAUCAGAAGGAGAGCAGCAACACGAGUAAUGUGUCUGAAUUUCGAAGGAGUAGGUCUACACCUCGCGGGAAGUUUUUCGUGGUGCCUUGAGGAAGAAGUUAUUGAAAAAUAGUACCACAAUGUUUAUUUGGUUUAUUUAAUUUGUUUCUUUGUGUAUAGUGACUUGUUUUAUGCUGGUUAUUAUGAACUGCAUACAUUUUCAUUUGGAUCAAGAGUCUUGUUGAGAGAGGUGGUUUUUCUUUAAUAUAUAUCAUUAUUCAUUAUAAUAUAGGACAUUUUUUUUUGUAACUUAACUAUAAAUUAUCUGUUUUUGUAUAGCAAAAAGUACUAAGUACAGUAAUUGUGUUUAUGGGGUU